AUGCUCGAAUUCCGCGCCAUCAAGUACAAAAACAAAACCCUGGACUUCGCCGUGGUGGCGGACUCGCUCCCCGUCCAGGUGCAAAAUGGCCAGUACCAGCUUCCGUCCGAAGACGACUUCUUGGUGAAGGUGCAUGCGGCGGCUCUCAACCCCGUGGACUUGAUCAUCAAAAACAGCCUCUCGCCCUGGCUCUUCAGGGGCACCCGGGGCUUUGGCAUGGACUACUCGGGCGACAUUGUCGCCAUAGGCCGCCAGGCCGCAGCGGCCACCGGCCUUGCCGUGGGCGACCGCAUUGCCGGCUUGUACCAGAAGCCGCUUGGCGCAGGCACGAUCUCGGAGUACCUUUUGGUCGACCACAAAAAGCCCGAGGGGCGCAACGCGCGCAAGUUGCCCGACAGCAUGUCGUACCAGGAGGGUGCAGCCUACCCGUUGGUGUUUGGCACUGCACAGACCAUGUUCGACACGGUGGCCAAGGGCAACUCGUUCGGCAAGGUGUUGGUGUUGGGCGCCGGCACCGCGGUCGGCCGCCACUGCGUGCAGCUUGCGCUGAAGGUGUACGGCGCCGAGCACGUGGUGGUGACGUGCUCGGCCAGAACCGAGCACACCAUCCGCGCCUUGGGCGCCACGUCCGUCAUCGACUACACGCAGCACCCCUCCAUCUUGAACCCCGUGCUAGAGGCCGUGAAGGAGACCGGCCCCUUCGACGUGGUUCUCGACUGCUGCGGCAACUCGGACUUGUUCCCGCAGAUGGCGGCGGUGCUCAAGCCGCGCGGCGAGGCGGGCUCCUACGUGUCCAUCGUGGGCGACACCAAGGCCAACUUCAAGACCAGCUCCAUCGGCGGGCUUGUGCUCGGCAGCUUCUGGGUCACGGUGCGCAUGGUCCGCAACACGCUCGGCCUCCUCCCCUACUUCUACAGCCAGGCGCUCCUCGACCAGGGCGGAUCGUGGCCCGACAAGUGCAUCAAGAACUUGAGCGAGGGCAAGGUCCGGGUGUUCAUCGACAGCGAGUACGCGAUGGCCGACACGCACAAGGCCGUGGACCGGCUCCUGUCCAACCAGGCCUCCGGCAAGGUCAUUGUGAAUGUUGUCUAG